CAUGGUUCAAAGGUUAUUACCGUGUUUCUGUACUCGAAUAAUUUCCCAAGCUACUCAUCAUACAUUGGUUCGCACGUUUCCCAGCUUGUACAUUAAUAUAUACGCAUCUAAUCAACUUCAGGCCUUGACAAAUAAUCUGUAUUUACUGCCGAUAGUAUCUGAAAAUUAGCAGCAUCGCCUAGAAAGGAGCCGGAAGUAACUCGAAUUCUUGAAACGGAACAAGGUACUGUCGGCAGCCAUUUUGAUUUUGAUUCAGCAAGGGCCGAAAGAGAUUACAUUUGAAGUAGAAACAUAGUAAUUAUGGCAAAGAAGACAUACGAUUUACUAUUUAAACUUUUACUUAUUGGAGAUUCUGGAGUUGGCAAGACUUGUAUACUUUUCAGAUUUUCAGACGACGCUUUUAACACGACGUUCAUAUCUACGAUAGGUAUUGAUUUUAAGAUCAAAACCGUUGAGCUACAGGGUAAGAAAAUCAAGCUACAAAUAUGGGACACUGCAGGCCAAGAAAGGUUCCAUACUAUCACAACUUCCUAUUACAGAGGGGCAAUGGGAAUUAUGCUUGUUUAUGACAUUACGCAACCAAAAACAUUUGACAAUAUUACAAAAUGGCUUCGAAAUAUUGAUGAGCAUGCAAAUGAAGACGUGGAGAGGAUGUUACUAGGCAACAAAUGUGAUAUGGAGGAUAAAAGAAUGAUUCCUAAAGAAAGAGGAGAGUCUAUUGCAAGAGAACAUGGUAUCAAAUUUCUAGAGACGAGUGCUAAAUCAAAUGUCAAUGUUGAGAAAGCAUUCAUGACAUUAGCUGAAGACAUCCUAAGAAAGACACCACAGAAAGAUUCGAACCCAGAUUCUAGCUCAGUGUCUGUACAUAAAGAGACGAGUUCAAGGAAGAGUGGCUGCUGCUGAACAAAAACAGAACAAGAAUGAAUGCUUCUCUAUUCUAAGAAGGCGUUUCUAAAAAAGAUAUGCAUCCUUGUGAAAAAAAAUAGUAGUGAUUGUUAAAUGGAUUAAAAUAAAUGCCCAACUUCUAUUCAAAAUGGCUUUUCAGUGGCCAUCCAUUAAACCUGAAAACAACAAGGGUUUUUCUUAGCACUCCUCUGCCCUAUCAAAUAUUUCAUAUUAUUUAAAAUUCAUAAAAUUACCCAUUCGAUUUGUAUGUUAGAGAUGGAGCACAAUAAAAUGAUAUCACAAGGGCAUGUAUGUAUAUAUAGUGUUUACAGUUUCUUGGUNNGCAUUUAAUAGUCCAAGGGCUUUUCAGUUUUCUGAUCAUGCGUCAGAUCAAAUUUAACAGAAGCCCAAGGCACACAGUCUACCAACUCUUGUCCUGCAAGAGGCAACAAGAUUUCAAAAUUAGCAGCUAUAGAAGACUGAACAAACUUGAUAAUUUCAAAGCCUGUAUGGUAUGGAUGCUAUUCUGCUUUCUCUUUAUAUAAAUGUUUGCCAUAUGUUGCUAAUAUUCUUGGAGUUGAAAAGGUUUGAGAAAAAUGUGUUUUUGCUUCCUUGACUUGCAAAGCUCUCCCCUCCACCAAAAAUAAUGGUGACCCAGUCAUGACAUGCUCUUUUGAACAGCAUAUUUUCUGAUUUAGGAAUUAUUCCAGAUACACAUAACCUUUGAGACAAAUUGAUCUGAUGUGCUCGGAUUAUGUUUCACAAAGUGCAAAUUUGUUUUCCCUGACACUAUUUUAAACGAAUGACAAUAUUUUGGUGCUGUGACCCGAAAAUUUUUUUCGUCAUCAAUUGGCAGAACCCUAUUCUACAACAAGCAAGACUAUAUCGUUAAACAGUGUAUACAUGUUCGGAGCACACUCGUAUUCAAUUAGCUGAUAUAACUAAAAAUCCGAAAUCUCAAUUCUAACUUUUCUAGAAUCUCAUUACAUUUAUGUAAAUAAGAAUUAGUGUUACAGUUACUGAGAGUUGCUUUUGUUUUUGUACAUAGUGCUACCACUGUCUGUUCAAUGUUAAUUGCAAGCGAGUUGAAAAUUAGUUUGUAUUUCUUUAAAAGUCACACUGUCAUCAUAACUGCAUGUAUGUAUGAGACGUUCACAAAAACACAAGACAAGUUGUUAUACCAGACUGGCUGCUGAAGUCUGAUUAAAAUUCACAGACCAAAUUCCCGUUCGAAUGAACUGUGUAUACCUUUGCAUGCACGAUGUCUGUAAAAACCCACCUGUGAAAAGAAUAACAAGAAUGUGCAUUUCUGGUGACAGUGUCCCUUUCUUGUAGAGACCUAUUUUUGUGUAUGUUUUGAUAAUAUUAAUGCAUGUGUAAUUACAAGGUGUUAAGGUAGUAUUAUGGCAGUGUCUGUAUAUAGUAAUGGUUUACUUCAAGACUGCAUUCUGGCAUUAUUGGACAGACUUGAUUGAAUUCCUGACGUGUUGGAGAAUUUUCUUUUAAAUUCAUUCCAACAAACUGAUCAGUGUGUGAAAUGUGAUGUGAAUAACUAUGCGUGUUUCGUCAGAAUACUGUAUUUACUUACAAGCCUUGACAGUUCUACCAAAUAUAUCCAAGUAUAUCAUGUAGGGAGAAUUCAGAUGUUCUUUUACCACCCCUGCUGAAAGUCUCCAUAGAUAAAGAAACCAUGUCAGCAGCUGGUGAUAUGUUAGCAUAUGUGGUGUUAAUUUAUGUUAAUUUAUGCUUACAUGUCUUUCAGUGGUGCUAAUUUACUUUAAACCUUUUUUCCUCUUAGAAAAUAAUACGAUUUGAUAAUUUUAUUGUAUUUUUGAAAACAAAAUUUACUUACACACUUCGUUGCAAGACAGCAGAGAAAUUUUCUCUGCUACAAAAUUUAGUUUUCACAAACUCAAAAAUUUUCCCAAAAUUUGUCUCGUGAACUUGAAGCGGUUUACAGUAAAUAAUACCUCCUUGCCCCCAUUCACACCUUUCUUGAGACUCCAUUUUGUAGCACCCCAUUUAUUAAUACUGAUAAAUUACCAGCAUUUAGAAAGUCAAAAUGCUUCCAGUGUAGUUAAGAUCAUUAAUGACUUACAUGUUAAAUUAUCUUUGGUUGUAUCUUGCCCAUCUGCACAUUGUGUUUAUCUGCGCAAGGUACAACCCCAUGGAACAUUUUACAGCAUGUUAUGUUGUUUCAACAUAGAGGGCAGCACAUAGACUGUAAGCAGCAAUUACAUGACUGUUUUAUACUUUGUAUGCAUGGAAUUUAACGAUCUCGUCAGGUCAAAUGAUGCAAAUUUAUGUACGGUGUGUUGUAGUUGUGUUUUAGGUGUAAGUUUUUGUCCAAUGCAUUUUACAAGGUAUUAGAUUACUGAGCAACCUAAGUUAGUAAAUCAUGACGUCUCUCUCUAGACGAUUAAUCAAGCCAGAAACAAAAAUGCUCUCUUUUCAGAAUAAUGUACAUGUUUGUGCAAAUAAAAUUAUAAACAGAAGAAGAUAAA